AUGAAAUUGAAGCCAGAGUUGCGCAUUCCGCCUGGUCUUUUCCCUUCUUCUCCUGACGUGCGGCCAAGUGUCACUUUCCCCUCAACCACGCUUUGUCUUGAUCUGCCCACAAUCAUUCCACGUACCUUGUCCACGAAUACCAAGCACACAAUGAUCUCCGACGACGACCUCUACCGCCUCGCCGUCUUCCUCGGCUCCUGCGCCAUGAUGCUCGUCGUAUUCUACCAUUUCCUCGAGGUCAACGCCAAGGACAAGGACGAGCAGGAUGCAGGCAAGGCUCGGAAACAGGAGACGGGCGCGGUUGGCCCUGGCCCGUCGGGUGUUGCUGCGAAUGCAGGGACGGACGGUCCCUCGGGGAAGAGCAGCUAA